CGCCUCCGAAGCCCACGUGGGAACGUGUCUCUUGCCGGGGAUGUUGCGCGCACAGUUCGCACAGAUCCGUUGACGGCUCGUGGACCUCGAGUCUGACCUCUCACCCACGGAAGCCAUCUCCAUGGCAACCCCCCACCACGGUCCAACCCGCAGCUGAUUGUAAAUUCCUGUAGAAAGAGAGAAAGAGAUCCCUGAGUGCGAGAGCGGCAGAGUGUCAGAGAGAGGAAGAGCGAGCGAGAGACUGAAGCAAUGCGCGGUUUUUAAACUCUCCUCCUCCCCUCUCCCCCCUCUCACAGACGACUGACUGGUGAUGGCACGGCUCGAACAUGAUCAGAAAUCUCCGCGCCAGUAGUGCAACACUCCGCCGAGUCCCCCCCGGGCCGGACACUUGAGCUGAAUUAGGACUCGCCCCCCCCCCCCUCUCGCGCAGGGCUCCGGAGCACUCACCCCCCCUCGCGCAGAGACACCGCUCCGGGAGGAAGCAGCCUUCGCUCGCUCACUCACUUACCCCCAGAGAGCUGUUUCCACCGCGCUCGAGUCCCAGCGGCACACCGAGGAGUUUAACGGCAGCAGUUUAACGGAGAUGAUCGUCCAGGCCGUAAUGCGCGCGGGCGCUGGGUUGGUGGGGGUAUGUCUGGUGCUCUUUGUCCAGCUGCCUGCUCGCGCUUCAGCCAGCAGAACCCCCCCGCAAGAUGUGGACGAGUGUGCCAAGUCUCUGGAUAACUGCAGCAUUGACGCUAUCUGUCAGAACACCCCCCGCUCCUACAAAUGCAUCUGCAAGUCAGGCUACAAAGGUGACGGCAAACACUGUGAAGACCUGGACGAGUGUGCGAGCGAGUACACUGGAGGCUGUGUGCACGAGUGCAUCAACAUCCCCGGCAACUACAGGUGCACCUGCUACGAUGGCUUCCGCCUGGGCCACGAUGGACACAACUGCUUAGAUGUUGAUGAGUGUUUAGAGGACAACGGCGGCUGCCAGCAGGUGUGUGUGAACAUGAUGGGGAGCUAUGAAUGCCGCUGCAGGGAUGGAUACUUCCUCAGUGACAACCAGCACACCUGCAUCCAGCGGCCGAAAGUGUUGAAUGGUAAGGACGGUGUCACCUGUAUGGAUAAGAACCAUGGCUGUGCCCACAUCUGCCGAGAGACGCCCAAGGGUGGCGUCGCCUGUGAGUGCCGCCCGGGAUUCCACCUCACCAAAAACCACCGGGACUGCAAGCUGACGUGUAACUAUGGUAACGGCGGCUGUCAGCACAUCUGUGAAGAGACAGAGCAGGGGCCCAGGUGUGGAUGCCACCUGAAGUUCGCCUUACACAGCGACGGCAAGACCUGUGUGGGGGAGAGGGAGAGGAUUGUCCCCCAGCAGGCAGCGCCUCAGCUCUUUCCCAACGAGACGUGUGCAGUGAAUAACGGAGGCUGUGAUAGCACGUGUCAUGAUGCCAUGGCUGGAGUCCGCUGCAGCUGUCCGGUGGGCUUCACCCUGCAGCCUGACCGCAAGACCUGCAAAGAUAUAGAUGAGUGUCUCCAGUCUAAUGGCGGGUGUGACCACGUGUGUCGGAACACUGUGGGCAGCUUUGAGUGCAGCUGCAAGAAGGGCUACAAGCUCCUGACCAACGAGAGGACCUGUCAAGAUAUAGACGAGUGUUCGUUUGACCGUGCCUGUGAACACUUGUGUGUCAACUCCCCUGGCAGCUUCCAGUGCUUCUGCAAUAAGGGCUACGUGCUGUAUGGAGUAUCCCACUGUGGAGAUAUUGAUGAAUGCAGCAUAAACCGCGGAGGCUGCAAAUACGGCUGUGUGAACGCCUUGGGCACUUACGACUGCACCUGUCCUCCGGGCUACAAGCUGCACUGGAACAAGAAAGACUGCAUCGAAGUGGUGAAAUGUGCCUCAGGUUUGUUGCAGCCCAAAGCAACCCUCUCCUGCAGUAAGUCGGGAAACAAGGAGACCUGCGCCCUCACCUGCGCAUCAAAGGCUCACUACCUGUCAGAGUCAGAGAGCAGCUACAGCCUGAGCUGUGGGGUCCCUGUCCUGAGAGGGAAGAGCCAAUCACGACUCAACACCAGCACUCAGGGCUGCACAGAGACUCUGGCCCCUCCGGUGAAGCAGACAGCCUCUUUUAAGAUCAAAGACGCCAAGUGUCACCUGCACCCAAAGCUCCGAGGGAGAGCGGCGGAGGACGGGGGACGCACGCUAGUGCCAGGCGGUCAGCCGUGUAGUAACUGCCAGGUGACCUUUGUGAACCUGAAGUGUGACUCCUCCAAGAAGGCCAGAGGUCGAAGGGCACGGAACUCCAACCGAGAGGUCACACGCAUCACACUGGAGCUGGAGGCAGAGGUCAGACCUGGAGACACCACAGGAAGCUGUAACCUGAGCUGCCAACGACAGCGGGCCGAGCGCAACAUGAAGUCCUACAUGAAGUCUCUGAGGAAGUCCAUCAACCAGGAGCGCUUCCUGCUCAGGGUGGCCGGCCUGGAGUACCAGCUGGCCCAGAAACUCCCACAGCCCAGCAAACACGACCACUGCGGACCGGGCAAAGAGAAGGACAGCGGCCGCUGUGUCAGAUGUCCGUCAGGCUCGUACCAUCACGGUGAACAGGAGCGCUGUGUCCAGUGUCCCCCAGGAACCUUUCAGGAGCGGGAGGGUCAGCUGGCCUGUGACCCCUGCCCCGGAAGUGAAAGACAUGGUCUAGCCGGAGCGCGCAACAUCACUUCCUGUGCAGGUCAGUGUGCAGUGGGGUUCUUCUCGAGCGACGGCUUUAAGCCGUGCCAGGCGUGCCCACUGGGCUCCUACCAGCUGGAGGCGGGACGCACCUUCUGCUUCCCAUGCGGAGGGGGGUUGGGCACCAGGAGGGAGGGGGCCACCUCAUUCUACGACUGCGAGGUCAAAGUGACCUGCUCCCCCGGUCACUACUACAACACCAACUCCCACCGCUGCAUGCGCUGCCCCGUGGGCACCUAUCAGAUGGAGUUCCGGCAGAACCACUGCAUCAGUUGCCCCGGCAACACCACCACCGACUUUGAUGGAGCCACCGGUGUCCUCCAGUGCAAGAAUCGGGAGUGCGGGGGAGAGUUGGGAGAGUUAAUCGGCUUCAUCGAGUCGCCCAACUACCCCGGAAACUACCCCGCUAAUGUGGAGUGCACGUGGAACAUCAGCCCCCCGCCCCGGCGCAAGAUCCUGGUGGUGGUGCCGGAGAUCUUCCUGCCCUCCGAGGACGAGUGUGGGGAUGUGCUGGUCAUGCGCAAGAAUGCAUCUGUCAACUCCAUCACCACUUAUGAGACGUGCCAGACGUACGAGCGGCCAAUCGCGUUCACCGCACGCUCACGGCGCCUCUGGAUCAACUUCAAAUCCAACGAGGUCAACAGCGCCCGCGGAUUCCAGAUCCCCUACGUUACCUAUGAUGAGGAUUAUGAGCAGCUGGUGGAGGACAUUGUUAGAGAUGGGAGGCUCUAUGCUUCAGAGAAUCACCAGGAGAUCCUCAAGGAUAAGAAGCUGAUAAAGACUCUGUUUGAGGUGCUGGCCAACCCUAAUAACUACUACAAGUACACGCCCGGCUACUCCAAAGAGAUGCUCCCCCGCUCCUUCAUCCGCCUCAUCAGCAGCAAAGUCUCCGCCUUCCUCCGACCCUACAAGUAGUCCCCGCCUCUCUGCCAUCAGCAGCCAAUCACCAUCCCGUCUCCUGUUGCAAGGCAUCAACCCCUAGUCCCCCAAAGCAAACCUUUUUUUUUUGUUUCCUCUGCAUUCUUUCGACAUUUUCAAGAACACUUACCCCCCCCAACACCACAACCUCCCCCGCCUUCCCCACAUUUAAAGCCCCCCCCCCCUUUGGCUGCCAGUGGAUGUCUCCUCCACCCCCAGCCCCCGCCUCCCUUUCCGAAAACAGGGUUUCCCAGCAGGACUUCCAGGGAUCAUCUGGACAUGCCGGGGGAACCACAUGGAGGGCACGAGUGUUACUGUGAUGACCAAGAGAGAGAGAGAAAGAGGGAGAGAGAGAGAGAAUGAUACUUAGAUUGAGUGAGAGUAAGAUAUACAGUGUGUGUUUGUGUGUGUGUGUGUGUGUGUGUGUGUGUGUAUACGUGAGUUCUUGUGUGUCUGUGUGUUUGUUUGCGAGAGAGAAAGGGAAACCGAAAGAGUUAUUUUGGAAGGAUUGAUAUAUUGGCCGCUUUGGAGAUGAGAAGAGACUGGAUGGACUCUGAAGGACAGUAUGUUCCAAGUGCGCCCUCUGCUGGGCAAAUAAUGUCAUGUUCCACCCAGCAUUGCCAUUGCCCUCCCUACCAACAGGGCGGCGCAUCUCCCUUACAUUCCACACUUAAAAAGCCUAAUGAUACACAAGCUCUUAGAGCAACGUCUUAAUUUCUUACAUUCUUACUGUUAAAACAGUACUUUUGUGUUUGUUUGGUUUGUAUGUGAGAUUAUAUUAUUGUCUGUUACCUACUCCUGUGCUAUUUUAUAUCAAAGUUAACUUAAAAAGGCUUAGAGAAGUAGUGUGUUAUUUGCAACCUGAGAACAGAGAGCAGUGUGAGUGUAGGAGGUGUGUGUGUGUGACAGUUGUAGGAGGUGUGUGUGUGUGUGUGUGUGUGUGUGUGUGUGUGUGUGUGUGGACUGUGUGACAUGGGGGGGUGGGGGGGGCGGGUAAGCAUAUGGUCACUUUGCAUCUCCGUACAUAUGAGUUUCAUCUUCAUCACCUCUUCACUAUAUGAUAAGGGAGCUGUUAGAGUCUGUCUAUUCCGGCCUAUGAUAUAAAUGAAUGUUUCUCUUCUUUUCUGUUUAAUGAACUCAGAUGGAUAUUUAGUCUGAGUGCUAAACCUUACUGAAACCCAGCCCCCUUAGAUAGUGCCUGGCUCUGAAACAGGUAGGGGCCACAUUCGAGCCAGAUUCAACCUUAGUUGCUUCUGAUCCUCUUUAGGCGUCACUGUAUCCACACGCACAGGGAUCCCCUCCACACACACACACACACACACACACACGAGAAAAACACCAUAACACACAAGCAUCCAU